AUGCUAACUAUUAAUUUUCUUCAGCAGACAAGUCGUCGUUUAGUUAUUAAUAAAGCUCGACUGACUUUUUCUUCAUCAUCUUAUUCAAAACCUAGUGAAACACAAACUAAAACUGAUGCAACUUCACAGAAUUAUCCAGGAUUUUACAAUACAGCAAAUGUUGAUCGUGUUGAUUUACAUGAUUUAAAAAAAUCAAUAGCACCAUCACUAAAGAUUGAAAGUUCAGAAGCAGUGCCUCCAAAUGAUCUUUUAGAAGCUAAACGAGUUGAACAAACAAAGACAAAUGACAAAACAACAAUACCAGUUGUUACAAGUACCGAAAAAUUUUCUUCUGGUCUUUCAUCAAUUCAAGCAACAUCAUCAAUAACUCCAACAGGUGAUGGUCUUUUUCAUGGUGCUAAAGUAUCGAAUACACCUGUUUCACCAGGUAUACCAAUUACAGCAAAAACACCACCAAUAACUAAUGUAUCAUCAACGACCAAUGAAGAUUCUUCAAGAAAAGGCGAACAAAUUCCAUCAUCAGGUUUUUCUGCUUUUCUUCGAAGUAUUCGUUCUGGUUUACCAUUUUUCCCAUCAUCAAAAAGAAGUUCUAAACCAUUUGAUAUUGCUACAACGCGUGAAUAUUUUAUUCCGCUGACACGUCCUUCAUUAAUUCGUUUAAUUGCCACUGAUCCUAAUUUAAUUGAUGAUAAAGAAGAUCGUGCUUUAUUUCAUGAAUUAUGUCAUGGUUUUGAUAGUGCUGUUGUUCAACAUUAUCAUCCAAUAUUAAAUGAAUUAAAAUAUUUAUUUAAUCCAUUAAAUCCUGAUAAUGAAACAAUUGAUAAUCGUCGUAUAUCAUAUCGUGAUCGUUUAGAUAAUGAAUAUUGGUUAUUACAAAAAAUAAAUGAUUUACUUCAUCGAGCCAACUUUACUGAAUUACCACGAAAUAUUCUUCUUGAUAAAUUUAUUCAUCAUGAAGAUUCAUUAUUAUCAUCAAAUAUUAAUAUUAAAAUUGAUGGUUAUGAUUAUGAUGUUUUAAAAUUUUGGAUACUUGGUCGUGAACAUAUGUUAGUUGAAGAUAAACCUUGGUGGAAAAAAUUCUUUAAAAAAAAUAGUCAAACUAUAUCAAGAGAUUAUUUCAAACGUGUUAUUUUAGCUGUACGUCUUAAAGGACAAGAUCGUUUAUAUCUAAAAGCAUUUCGAGAUAUACCAUUACAAAGUUUAACACAACUAUUACCUGUUGGAAAAUUACAAAUAGGAAAUUUUGAACAACAACUUAUUCGUUUAACAUUUCUUAUUGGUACUGGUACAUUUGUAACACAUUUAAUAACAACAAUGGCAAAUUAUCCAUUACCAGGAUUAGUUAUUGGAGGAAGUAGUUUAACCUUACUAUUUGGUCUAUGGUCAUUAAGAAAUUUUCAUAGAUCAAAAAUAAAUUAUUUAUCACAUAUGAGUCAAUUAUUAUUUUAUAAAAAUAUUGCAUCGAAUAAACAAUUAUUAGCUAUGAUUAUUGAUCGUGCUGAAGAUGAAUUAAGUAAAGAAGUGUAA